CGCCUUCCAGAGCCCUCUAGUCCCGGCAGGACCCGCGCGGCGCCGGGAAGUGCCCGGGACUCUGCCGCCGGGAUGGGUCGGAGAGUGACCGUGGCCACCUGCGCGCUCAACCAAUGGGCUCUGGACUUCGAGGGCAAUUUGCAGAGGAUUUUAAAGAGUAUCGAAAUUGCCAAAUGCAAAGGAGCAACAUACAGGCUUGGACCAGAGUUGGAAAUAUGCGGCUACGGGUGCUGGGAUCAUUAUUACGAGUCGGACACCCUCUUGCAUUCGCUCCAAGUCCUGGCUGCCCUUUUGGAGUCUCCAGUCACUCAGGAUAUCAUCUGUGACGUGGGAAUGCCCGUGAUGCACCGGAACGUCCGCUACAACUGCAGGGUGAUAUUUCUCAACAGGAGGAUCCUGCUCAUCAGGCCCAAAAUGGCCUUGGCAAACGAGGGCAACUAUCGGGAGCUACGCUGGUUUACCCCCUGGUCCAGGACUCGGCAAACAGAGGAGUAUUUUCUCCCCCGGAUGCUGCAGAGCCUGACAAAGCAGGAAACCGUGCCCUUUGGAGACGCGGUGCUGGCCACCCGCGACACCUGCAUCGGGAGCGAGAUCUGUGAGGAGCUCUGGACGCCCCACAGCCCGCACGUGGACAUGGGCCUGGACGGCGUGGAGAUCUUCACCAACGCCUCGGGCAGUCACCACGUGCUACGCAAAGCCCACGCCAGGGUGGAUCUGGUGACCAUGGCUACCACCAAGAACGGCGGGAUCUACUUGCUGGCCAAUCAGAAGGGCUGUGACGGGGACCGACUGUACUACGAUGGCUGUGCCCUGAUAGCGAUGAACGGCCACAUCUUGGCGCAGGGCUCCCAGUUCUCCCUGGACGACGUGGAAGUUCUCACCGCGACGCUGGAUUUGGAGGACGUCCGGAGCUACAGGGCGGAGAUUUCAUCUCGAAACCUGGCGGCCAGCAAGGCGAGCCCCUACCCCCGAGUGAAGGUGGACUUCGCCCUCUCGUCCCGCGAGGACCUGCUGGAGCCUCUGUCCGAGCCCCUCGAGUGGAAGUACCACAGUCCCGCCAAGGAGAUCAGCCUUGGACCCGCCUGCUGGCUCUGGGAUUUCUUAAGACGCAGCCAGCAGGCCGGCUUCUUCCUGCCCCUGAGUGGUGGCGUGGACAGCGCGGCCACCGCCUGCCUCGUCUACUCCAUGUGCCGCCAGGUCUGCGAGGCCGUGAAUAACGGAAAUCAGGAAGUGCUGGCCGACGUCCGGACCAUCGUGGACCAGCUCGACUACAUGCCCCGGGACCCCCGAGAGCUCUGCGGGCGCGUGCUGACGACCUGCUACAUGGCCAGCGAGAACUCCUCCCGGGAGACGCGUGACAGAGCCGCGGAGCUGGCCCGGCAGAUCGGCAGCCACCACAUCGGUCUCGACAUCGACCCCGCGGUCAAGGCCGUCGUGGGCAUCUUCAGCCUGGCGACGGGGAAGAGGCCCCUGUUCGCAGUUCACGGAGGAAGCCGCCGGGAAAACCUGGCGCUACAGAACGUGCAGGCUCGGAUACGGAUGGUCGUGGCCUAUCUGUUUGCUCAGCUGAGCCUCUGGGCCCGGGGCGCUCGCGGUGGACUGCUGGUGCUCGGAUCGGCCAACGUGGAUGAGAGGUGCGUGUGCCCGACUCCCGAGCACCCAGGUCUCCGAGGCCUCCUCGGCUACCUGACCAAGUACGACUGCUCCAGCGCGGACAUCAACCCCAUAGGCGGCAUCAGCAAGACGGACCUCAGGGCCUUCGUCCACUUCUGCCUCGAGCACUUCCAGCUCCCCGCCCUGGAGGGCAUCCUGGCAGCACCGGCCACCGCAGAGCUGGAGCCCUUGGCCGACGGACGGGUGUCCCAGACGGACGAGGAAGACAUGGGCAUGACGUACGCGGACCUGUCCGUCUACGGCAGACUCCGGAAGGUCGCCAAGACCGGGCCCUAUGGCAUGUUCUGCAAGCUCGUCAGCCUGUGGAAAGACGUGUGUUCCCCGCGGCAGGUGGCUGACAAGGUGAGGUGGUUUUUCUGCAAGUACUCCAUGAACAGGCACAAGAUGACCACGCUCACACCCGCGUACCACGCAGAAAGCUACAGCCCCGACGACAACAGGUUCGACCUGCGGCCGUUUCUCUACAACACCAGCUGGCCCUGGCAGUUCCGGUGCAUAGAGGCCCAGGGACCCCCGCGAUGCGCUGAGGCGCGUCCUGCCAGACUUGCCCAGUGCACGUGCUCUGCACCCUUCCCACGUCUCUGCACAUUGUGGGGACUGCCUCGCAGCUGCUCGUCCAGUCCCGCGACGGCCCCCCUAGCUGGGUGUGAACCGGCGUGUUCCAUAGCGUGGUUGUGAGCGUCCAGCCGUGGACGUGCGCGUGGCUUCUCC